AUGGUUGACGAUCGUGCAUAUGAUCUGACCCUUGAACUGGAAAAUGCUGCCGUCAGCCGUCCUCAGGGCAAGGUUGGUGGAUGUGGGUACAGAGGAACAUGGGAUAAGUACCCAGAAGUAAGCAAUGCGUCAUGGAGGAGUUCCACAGUGGCGGCUCAGGGUUCGUUCGGUGCCAAGUCCCAGCUGAACAAAGAUGCAGUCCAGCACCACGGAGUGAACGUUGCCAUCGUGCUAUCUCCAGUCUUGGCUGAGCCUAUGAAGAUGCAAUUAUCCUAG